AUGCCCGCACAGAAAAUCGAAACCGGCCACAACGACAUCGUCCACGACGUGUCCAUGGACUACUACGGCAAACGCGUGGCCACUGCCUCAUCUGACUCCACCGUAAAGAUAAUCGGCGUGGGCCCCAACAACUCCACCUCCCAGCACUUGGCCACCCUAACGGGCCACACUGGCCCAGUUUGGCAAGUCGCCUGGGCCCACCCCAAGUUCGGCUCUGCCCUCGCCUCCUGCUCGUACGACGGCCGCGUCAUCAUCUGGAAGGAAGGCGCCCAAAACGAGUGGACCCAGUCCCACGUGUUCGACGACCACAAAUCCUCCGUCAACUCCAUCGCGUGGGCCCCACACGAGCUCGGGCUCUGCCUCGCCUGCGGCUCGUCAGACGGCAACAUCUCGGUUCACACGGCCCGGCCCGACGGCGGCUGGGACACCACGCGGAUCGACCAGGCCCACCCUGUCGGAGUGACAGCUGUCACGUGGGCCCCAGCGCUGGGCCCGGGAGCCUUAGUGGGCCCGGGAGGGUCUGAGCCCGUCCAGAAGCUGGCUUCGGGCGGGUGCGACAAUACGGUUAGGGUCUGGAAGCUGUACAAUGGGAACUGGAAGAUGGACUGCUUUCCGGCGCUCCAAAUGCAUGCGGACUGGGUGAGGGAUGUUUCGUGGGCCCCGAACUUGGGCCUGCCUAAGUCGACUAUCGCGAGUGCUUCGCAAGAUGGGUCGGUUGUGAUUUGGACGGUGUUGAAGGAGGGUGACCAGUGGGAGGGGCGGGUGUUGAAGGACUUCAAGGCGCCUGUGUGGAGGGUUUCUUGGUCGUUGACUGGGAAUUUACUGGCGGUGGCCUCAGGGGAGAAGGAUGUCACGCUGUGGAAGGAGGAUGUUGACGGGGAGUGGCAUGAGGUCACCACGGUUGACCAAAUUUGGGUGAAUUUGAUGAAUGUUAUGAGUGUGAAGUUGCUGUUUGGUGUUUACAGUUGCACUUUCUUUGGUGUGCUACUGUUGGAAAAUGGAAUAGGAUUGGAAGCUGCUGCACAGGAGAGUAAAGUUGUUUAUGUUUUGGUUGAUCAGAAGAAGAAUGACCCCCUUUUUUCGCUGCUUCUAACUCGGCAAACUUGGCGAAGCAACUUUUGUGUACGUGAAUUCAAAUUCCUUCGAUGGCUUGGUGAGCAACUGGUAAGGGUGAGGCAUUUAAAUAGCUACUCUGGGAAGUUGGAAUUGGCGAUUGAUUUUGUUCGCAUUCUCUUUGAACUCUUUUAUUUUUUGCUCUUAUUUUUUGCGCAAAAGAUGAAGUUUUCGUAUUUUUCUUUUGCAACCCUUUGUUUGUAAUGAAUGUGUACAAUGGAUAGGUAAUAUAUGUAUGGUUGUAAACGUAGGACUCGAGUUUGAGCCAGUAUUCAACUUCGAGCUCAACUCCUUUAUUAAUAUUAACGAG